GGCUAUACUGCGCAGGAAGGAGGAAAGGGCGCGAAAUGCGACACUGUAGAGCGGCCCCUUAGGGCGGCUGAGGGGCUCCGGGCUGGCCGCCGCUGGCUUUUGCCUCGCCCUGGGCAGCGUUCCGGGUGAGUUGGCCGCCCUCACGGCGGCGGAGAGGCUAGGACCAGGAGGCCGGGGCCUGGCCAGCCGGGUGCUGAGCAGCUUCACCCCGGCCUCCUGACGGUCUUCGCUGCUGGGCCCGUUCCUGCUCCGAGCAUUUUUGGAUGUGAAGGAUGGACUUCUCUGUGAUUGCUAUUGGAGAUGUACAAAAUGUUCUUUCAGCUAUGUGGAAGAACUUGGAGUGCCCAAUAUGUUUGGACGUGGUAGAAGAGCCAGUUUCAACAAAAUGUGAUCACGUCUUCUGCAGAUUCUGCAUGUUUAAGCUCUUCAGUAGAAAGAAAAAAGGUGUUGUACAGUGUCCUCUGUGUAAGACUGAAGUUGCCAAGAGAAGUCUGAGAGAAAAUACCAGAUUUAAGCAACUAAUUGAAGCAUUGUUGGAAACUAUCUAUGCAUUUGAGCUUGACACUGGAGUAAAGUUUUUAAACAGUCAUCACGUUCCUAAAACAUCCACAGAAGCCACUGCUACUGAGUCCCUGUGUAAAGAAAGUUCUGUCAUCCAAAGUAAGGUCUUCAGAAACAGGAAAAGAAGUGCUAAAGAAAAUGGACAAGAAAACUGCACCUUGCAGGAAGCUAAUGUGGAUACACAGCUUACAAACACCAGGGCCAAAGGGUGUCCACUAAGAAACAAAACCCAGAAACGUGGCUCUCAGAAAGGGAUUUAUAUAGAGUUUGGCUCCGAUUCAUCUGAAGAGCUUUUUAAACAGGCAAGCAAUAUUGGAUUAGAAGACAAAGCAGCACUUCAGACUUCAUCUGAAGAAAAGCUAGAAGAACUUAAGAAUGCUGAGAAAGGGAAAGAAUAUUCUUGCAAUAAUCAGCCUGACAUGCUGGGUGCUAAAGAAGUAAUUCUACCAAAUGUCGUAGGUGAAGUUGAUUUCUCGAAGGAAAACUUGAGCAAGAAAAACACUUGGAGCAUCACUGAAAAUGCCAAACCUGGCCAAGUGAAUAUGACUGAAUAUCAGAGUUCUCCUUCGAAUGUUCUUGCCCUAGACCUACUUGCAGAGCAGUGUGACAGAAUAGGUAAUGCCAGUCCCUUAAGAAAUGGCGACACAUCUUCCUUUAAGAUCACAGAAGAAAUGGAUGCAGAGCAAACUCAGUGCAAUAGUAAAAGCAAAGAGUUUGACUUAAAAGAUAGCUCAGGGAGGAACUUGGAUAAAAGCAAAGAAAUAGAUACUGUUGUACAAAGUGUGGAAGCUGUGGAAGUACAGGAACCUGAGAAUGAGUCUUUCCAUGAAAAAGAACUUCCUGUGGAGAAACUACUUCAGCCAGAGACACUUCCCUGUGCUACCCUGAAUCGAGUCUCCAGGAAGAGACUGAAGCAAAGCAUUCAGAAAGUCAAUGAAUGGUUUUCAAAAAGCAACGAGAUUCUAUCUUCCAAUUCUUCCCAGGAUGAUUCUGCUGGAGCAACUGAUGCUUCAGGUGAAGGAGAUGCAUCUUUAUCAGAUAAAGAUUCCUGUAUUUCAGAAAAGACUGACCCUAUGGUAGAUUCCAUGGAAGUUGCAGUGGUUGAAGGAAACAAGAGAUGGUCAAAACAAACAGCAGAUAGCAUCAAAGACAAAAUAUUUGGGAAAACAUACAAGAGAGAGAGGAAGUCAAAUACCCCUGUUACUGUAAGAGACAUUUUACCUACUACUACUACAAAAAAGGAAGAUGUGGCCAAGGAGAAGAGCUUGACUAAUUCCAGCAAAGAUGGACUAAAGCGAAAAAGGAAGAAUGCCAGUUUCCUACAACCAGAGGAUUUCAUCAAGAAAAAGGAUACAGAAAAGGCAGAUAGGUGCGCUCAAAGUGUUAACUGGCACCUUGGAGAUGCUGAAAAGAAAAGAUGUGAUGAAGGCUCUGCUGUUAAUGAGAGACACCUCUCUGAGAACAGAGAGGAUAAUAUGCUAGCAGAACUUGAGCAAGGAGGAGGAUCCCUGUGGAAAAAAGCAACUGAAGGGGUGACUGGCAAGCACUGUGAUGAGGAGCUAGAACAGAGUAAUGGUGAUCAGAAAAGCACUAAAAAAAGUUCUGCAGCAAAAAGAUGUAGGCGAUCUAGUAGAACCAUGUGUGCUCUACAGUUAGUAGUCGAUAGAAGUUCUGUUUCCCCUGAUUCUGCUGAGCCACAGAUUGAUAGCUAUCCAAGCAGUGACGAACCAGGGAAAGCUGAUUCUGAGCAAAGACAAGUCAGGCGCAGCAGGAGGCUUCAGUUACUUUCUGAAGAAAUGGCAAAAGAAACAGGUAAAGGAGCAGUAACUAAGGGAGCAAGAAAGUAUGACAGCGAUUGUGAAGGGUCUGUCUUUGGAGUCCAAAGCAAUGUGCUAGUUCACACUUCUGAAUGCAAAGACCUCUGUGAGCCCCAGGGUACUUUGAGCUACAAGCCACUCGGGAAGCUGAAGCGUAGCCAUCUGGAAGCAGCUGAAGAACAGAUCGGUCUAAAGAAUUCAUCUGACACUGCAGAAAUUGCGAAAAGUCUCUUCAAUCCUACACCUUCAUGUCAGCAUUCAAAUUGUAAUUCCUUUGUAGCUGAUACAGGUUCGCAAGAAGGUGAAAUACUAGGCAGCCCUUUCCUCGCACAGUCUCCUUCAAUGACUGUUGUGCAAACUGCUUCCCACCCAACUGAAGAGCCGACUGAAUCAUGUGCUACUAGUCCCCAGGACAGCGGGCAUGAUACACAAAAUGUUCCAGGGGACUUCAGAACCGAAAAGUCACCAGUGGCUAAAAACGUUUUGGAAUUGACCAAGGAAGCUGAAGAUAGCGAGUUAGACACACAGUAUCUGCGAAAUAUAUUUAGGCAUUCAAAACGUCUGUCAUUUAGCCUUUAUCCUGCUCACAUGAAGGCAUGUGCAGUAGAAGAUGCUGCUUCUGAAACUUUAAAGAUAUCCUGUACUGAUCAGGUAGAAGAUAAGCAUAGGAAAUAUUUACAAACAGAAAACUUGCAAGAAGAGAAAACUGCUGAAAGCUUGAGUAGGGUUUGUGAGAAAGAGAAGCUUAAAACCUAUGAAUCUGUUUGUGUUAGUCCUAUGACUUGUUCUGUCAGCAGCGCUGAAGGUUUGCACACAGGGGAACAUAAAGCAGAUACUUCGCAAGCUGAAAGUCAAGGGAAUCUGACACCGCUAAGAGUGGGCACUGCUAGGACUGAAGACAAAAACAGAUCGCAACAAGAACAGGGAAAUGAAAAGACACUGUCAACUGACAUAGGGAUAGAAAGUGAGGUGAGACAGAAUCCAAGCAAAAGUAACAGAACCCCAAGUGAUCAGAGUAAUACAGAUGAGCACACUUUCAAAAGAACAGAUUUAAACACAGUCACUGAAAUAUGCCUCAGUUCAGCAAGCAGUCAAGCAGGAAAGGUCAAAGCUGUUCACAGCAAAGGACCAAUGCUACAUUUUCAGUCCAGAUCAACAGUUUGUGCUGCAACUUGUCAGCAAAGGUCUGCUGAAUUCAGCUAUGAAGUCAUCGGUGAAAAAUGUAGCAAAAGUGAAAGAAAACAAGUAAAGGGGGUUGAAGGGCAAGCAAGCCAAACUACUAGCAUAGGGAUACCUGAGUGUUUAGUCACAGAGGCUCUAGAAGAACCUCUUAAAGGGAAUGGUGAUUUUUCAGGUUCAUCUGAAACCCCUGAUGGCUUAUUGUGCUCUGACGUUGAAGAGAACAUCAGCUUUUCUGAAACUGAUAGGGGAGAGAGAUCUGCUGUGUUUGUGAAAAGUGAUACCGCCCUGGUCAAAGAACUACACAACAGUAAUGUUAGUUCUAAGCCGAGACCUCGAGGUAUUCGGAGAUCUCGAAGAGCACGGAAACUGCAGUCUUCAGAUGAAGAAUGUAGUGAAGAUGAAGAUUUACCAUGUUUUCAGACAUUAAUAAAUGGCAAAUCAGUAAGCACACCUUUGGGGAUCAGUAAACAAGUGACACCUGAGAAAGAGUCUUCAGUAAGUCCUGUCACAUCACCUCGUGAUGGAAGUCAUGAUGACAACAACAUGCAGAAAAUGCCUGAAGCUGCCCCAAGCGAUGGAUGUGCUUCACCAAGCCAGGAGUCAGAAUGCUCAGUCAACUUAUUUUCUUCCCAGUCCAACAUGUCUCAAGAAUCCAUCGAUGAAGCACAAGAGCCAAAGAAACCUUUAAUACAAGGUCAUACAUCCAAACAAGUGAGCAAUGUGAAGGAGAGUACAACUUUUCAAGGUUGUAAUAGAGGGCUGAAAAGAAGCAAAACUAACUUCAAAGAGGAAUGCCAAGAAGACCCAAACAUGGGAACAAACCUAGGUCAAGGAUCUGGCUAUGACAGUGAAAACAGCUAUGUGGAAGACUCAUGUGAACCAUUCUCUCAGGGUGAAAUCCUUACCACACAGGAGAAGAAUGUUAUGCAGAGUAACCUAAAAAAACUUCAGCAUGAAAUGGCUGUACUUGAAGCAGUGCUACAGCAACAUGGAAGUCAGGACUGUGGGUUUUCACCUAUCCAUAGGGAACUGCCACAUUCCAGUGGCAAAGGAAUACUUGGAAUGGAACAAAUGCAACAAGGAAGAGGGGCAGAGUCAACCUCAGAAGGAAAUUUUGAAAAUCAUAAAGGCAGAAGUUCAGAGGGAUUGUCAGCCAAUGAUCUCCAUGAUAUGCCAAGUGAUUCUCUCAACAAUAAAACCAAAGAGUUAGAAAAAGAAAGGUCUCCAGAAUUGUUGCUUCCAUCUUCUAAAUCCCGCUCGUUAAAGAGACUACAUUUGGAGAAAGGUCUUCAGUGUGACAGUAUGUCGAAGAACAAAGCUCAUUCUGAAAAGACAAAACCUGCGCAGGAAGCGGUACAAGAAUAUAGUCAUUGCCAACUUGAAGCAGAAAACGCAGAUGAGCAGAAAUCUGGGACCAGGCUAAACAGUUCGUCUGUCUUAUCAAAUCUCUGUGGCAAUGUGACCAGGAUUCCAAAUAACUCUUCCUCUUCUGUAAGGCUUCUUAACCCUCGAACUGAAGAAGCAACAAUUAGUUCUGUUGUAGCUCAGAAAGCUAAUAAAAGCUGCGCUCAAGAACAUAAAUUGAAGAGAAGUGUGUGUCUUCCUCUAUCUGCUCUGCACAAUGCAGCUGGGAAAGAAAAUACUACAAGUCCGGGGGUGACUAACAGGAAAGAAAUGUCAAUUGUGGCAUCAGGUCUGAAUCAAAGUGAAAAUUUGCUGGUCCAGAAGUUUGCAAGAAAAACUCAGAGCACUUUAUCCAAUCACAUUACUGAAGGAACAACUCAUGUCAUAAUAAAAACAGAUCAGGAGCUGGUGUGCGAACGGACACUGAAGUACUUCCUGGGUAUUGCAGGAAGAAAAUGGGUAGUUAGUUACCAGUGGGUAAUUCAGUCUUUUACAGAAGGCAGGAUACUGAAUGAGGAGGACUUUGAAGUUAGAGGAGAUGUAAUCAAUGGGAGAAACCACCAAGGUCCUAGGAGGGCUAGACAGUCUCUGACUGAGAAGAUCUUCAAAGACUUUGAGAUCUGUUGCUAUGGUCCUUUCAUUGAUAUGACUACAGAACAUCUAGAAUGGAUGGUGGAGCUUUGUGGUGCUACCGUCGUGAAGCAACCUCAUCUGUUCUCACACACAGCAAAUUCUACUGCUGUCGUGGUUGUGCAGCCAGAUGCUUGGAUGGAAAACACAGAUUAUAGAGCAAUCCAGCGAAAGAACAAUGUUGCCAUGGUGACUCGAGAGUGGGUAUUAGACAGUGUUGCUUGCUAUGAGUGCCAGGAGUUGGAUGCUUACCUUGUGUCCUAAGGCUGAUCUGCAGUUCUUUUUCCAUUGCUCACAAAUUCUCAUCAGUGCUGAUAAUUUGGUAAUUAUUUUAAGGACUGAGAAUUAAGUCACUUCCGCAGAGAUUAUGUGCCUGUAGUGUUCUUGUUCAGAGUAAAAUAACUAGAUUUCUAUUAACAAUAAAGUUACUUAAACAUUACCACGUAAAGAUGGAAUUACCUACUGUUCUUUAACAUUUCUAAUUUCAAAGGAGUCCUUUUAAUGUAAAAGAAAUCUUAAAAGUUAGAAAAUGUAGAACACAGCCUCCUCAGAGAAAUGGUGAUUUAUUAUUUACCAUUGCAGGCAGUUCCUGUUUAUAUACUUGAGGGUGUUUUGGAGACAGUCAUUUAAAAGCAUAAUACUGUGCUCAGGGCUUGAAUUAAAACGUACUUACACUCCUGAGGAGCCUCCGUAUUUUCACUUUCCAUAAAUACAUACCUUGAAUAAGGGUGUAUACCAAUACAAGGGAAUAUUAUUUUGUGAUUACUAAUGCUUCACCCUGAUUAAUCUCAGGCCAUGGGUUGUACUUGUGUUGAAAACUAUACAAACAGCUGUCUUGUUGUAUAUACAAGUGCCAGCUUGCCCUAGCCAGGAGGAUUCUCCACAAGUACAGCCCCUGAGAAGCCAACACUUGAUUGUCAGCGUAAACCAAUCCCUAAAACCACAAGCCUAUACCGGUGUUGUGCCAAUCUUAUUAAUACCUGAGGAGCAUCUGUGGCGCCUAUGAAGAGGUAAUGAACUGAUGUACUUCAGGAUCCCAGUGACCUGUAAUAAGCCCUGCAAGAAUCUGCUUCUAAUAGUCCCUGCCUGCAAAGUGAGACUGCAAAGAAUAUUUGCUUUUUGUGGAAGAAAGUAUCGCUUGUUUCUAUUGCCAGACAAUUCAACUUUAUAAAUAAUUUUGUACUUCCAGAGCAGAAAGAAAACCUGUUUUCAUAAAGUUAUUUAAACAAAAUUUUAAAAUUGUAGCUAAGUUCAGAGAGUUUUUCAGUGCUCAGAUGCUGCUAGGUUGUCUUGGAAAGUUAUAGAAAGUAUGUUUAUAAAUAUUGGAAUGCUCAAAGGCAAUAAAAUUAUUUUGGCAAGUA